AUGGAUUUUCUGCGAAAUAUAUAUAGGAAGUUUGCUCAUUCUUCCAUUACAACAGAAGAGAACAAUACAUCUAAAACAGGGAGUAAUAGUUUUUCAACUCCAACAAAAUCUAAAACACAAAAUUUAUUUGUAGAAAAUCCACCUUCAACAGAACGUCGUAAAUAUGGAGAUUUUAGCUGCAGACGUCCAUCUCGAAGACCAACUGUUACUCCUGAACAAUUUAAAAGUUCAAUUGAAUCGCCAUCUUUAUCAAAAUCGAUAAGACCAACACCAAAGAAGGUUGAAGUACCUGAAACCACACCAUCAAUACCAAAUUUCGAAAAAUCUCCAAUAAAGUCAGAAAUAAGCGAAAAUUAUAAUAUGUUAAUACCAGAUCAAGUUUCCAAGGAAGGCCAAAUAGAAAAAUCUGCUGCAAUCACUAUACUUUCGAAAUUCUCAAAAAAUAUAGAUUCAAUUGCAAAUGAUCAGACAAAUAUAUAUUAUUCUUUCUGCCAAAAGCUUGAUUUAUAUAAUAGAAGAAAAGUUAAGCGAUUAAAGAAGGAAAUGGAAAAUCAAGUUGAAGUAUAUUCUCAAAAUCAAAUUGAAGAAGCCAAAAAUUCACUUCAAGCACUUCAAAAUGAAAAUGAUAAAUGGAUGUCGUAUAAGAAUCAGGAUGAUUUUCAUUCAGGACAGUUUUCCGAAAAAUAUAUUCCAGAUCAGAUAGAAAGUCCAAUACUUAACUUAGAUGUAUGUAAAAGUAUUAUUAUACAACAAGACUAUCUUGAUAAACAGAUGAGGGUUUCAGAAUCAAAGAUUGAUGAAUGUAAAGAAAAUGCUGAAAAAUUGGCAUCAAUUCUUCAUCAAAUUAGCUCAGUUCGUGUUGAUCCUGUUAAGGUUGUCUCUAAUAGCUUUGCUAUGAAUCAAAGGAAAUAA